UUUACAACAGUGACCUCUUGCCGUCUAUAUAAAAUAACUUCCUCCAUUCGUGCAAAUUGCGUAGUAUAUUCAUUGUCUAUAUAUGACGCUGUGCGUACAUAAUGCUUUAUGAUGAUGCCGCUCACUACAAGAAGACAGAAUUUCAUUUAUUAGUCGUAUGCUAAAUGCAUUAUAAUGUACAUGAUUGAAAUAAAUAUUAACCUAAGCCUGUUUUUUUAAAAAGCUGUUUCAAAGUUACACUGUUAUAAGGCAUGGCAAAUAUACAUUCAUUAUAUGUCCCUACGUAUUCAUAAAUCUGCGCAUUGUAAUGUAAUGAUUAUCGCAGAUUGCUUCGAACAAAUCUAAGACGAUCAGGUCAGCCUGACAGUGGGUCCUGAUCCACACGCCGUUGAUUUCCGAGUGAAGUUUGCGGUGCUCCACAGUGGAAAGGAUGGUUGUUUCACCUUUUCUCCGGUAUCCUCCUGCGGUUUGGCUUCAGUACAAUACGCCUUACCUACACUCUAAUAACCGAUACAACCCGGUUCUUCCUCUCUCUUUCAACAAACAAACAUAACAUUAAUAAAAUAGUUAUUAUUCUUAAAAUGAAGUCAGCUUAAAAUUACCUUUAUUCAACUCAAUCGUGAUAUAGAAAGCCGCACUCGAGUUUGUUGAACGGUGCAAACACAAACGCGUCUAAGUGUUGGUACUGCACUCAGAUCAAGGUUGCGACAGCGCCGUUUGUGUACGGUCAAGGCGUGGGGGAGGAGUUCCGUCCAACUGGAAACCACUUUGUUCCCCUCAGUAUGGGGUGCUUAUCUCCGUGUGUCUUUGUACGCCUUUCUGUGGGGGGUAGAAACUGUUCGUUGGAGGAGGGUGGGAUAAGAUGAGGAUGUAGGGGACUCCAGGGGUCUCGUGGAACGGGCUGGGGACCGCUGGCUUGGCGGGCAUCGAUCGCGGCCAUUGGAAAAGAGCACUACGACGACCAUCAGGCAGGCAGCCAGCUAGCGGGACGCUUCGCUAUCGUUGGUAGAGUGACGGACUAACGGCGACUCGGGGCCUGAGCGAGCUAGCAAGUUCCUGAUAGGAGAGUGUCUUUAGCGAAACGAGGCGAGGGAUUUAGCCUUCUCGGGGCUUCUGUUCAUAGAGAAGCGCACGCUGGCUAGUCGUAUUAGUAAUGGUGGGACAGCAUUGUAGUGAAUAGCAGGUCGUCGGAACUGAAAUAGUCGCCGUAUAGAGUAGUAACAUAAGAAAAGUGCGUUGAGUGAAACUCGCUUCGACAAUCCGACUUUCCUGGUUUUCGUCGCCGCCGUUCUCGGCUCUGCGAUAUGCAAAGAGCUUUAUCAUGAAUACCGUAGACAACUUGGCCUAUGCGAAUUUGAACUUGGUGAACAAUCAAAAUAGCAAUAGCGACAGUACCAGUAACUAUAACGUCAUCAACAACAAUAAUAACGUGGCCGCUAGUGUUUCGACGCUGACGACGUCGCUGUCCGGCCGCGAGCUGGCAUCAGCAGAGAGGCGUUCCGGCGUCUCCUCGACGCCCUGCACCCCCCAGAGUCAGCGACAUGUUCGAAGUCGGCGCAAGGACGCCACCGGCGUCGCUACCGGAAUAAGUGGACUUCAUUUUAGCGGCCAUCCACAUGUAUUCGGCCCUCAGGGCCAUGCCACUGGAGGUGCAACGGCGCUACUCAAAGGCACCGCAUUUGAAACGAAUGGCAAUCUCGCCAGUUCAGGCGGCGGCAGUCUGACAAGUUUGACAGGCUCCCCUGCACUUAAGCGCCGUGGAGAUAGCACCAAGGGCAUGGAUAAAAGCAGUGCUAACUUUCUCGAUUACUACCUCAGUCUUGAAAGUGCCGUUCGUCAGAAGCGAGAGGCCAGUGGAGAGCAGAUUCCGCCGGUGAGCGCGGCACCAUCAACAGACAACGCCAUCAGCGUCGCAAAUACAAACAGCCCGUCAGGUGACCAUAAUCGAGAAAAAGCAGCUGAUGAGACUCCUGAGAAAAGCGUGAAACCAGAUACAGCCGAAGUCCCUACGGGCUGGGAGAAGCAUGAGGAUGAUGAGGGCGCGUACUAUUGGCAUAUUGCCACGGGCACAAUUCAGAGAGAAAUGCCCACCGUUGAAGGCACUGAUAAACUCACGGCACAACACAAACGGCUUGCAAUGCCAACUGCGGUGGCAUUUAGAAACAAAAAUGGGAAUGCUAGUGAGAAGGUCCUAAAACGUCAAAGCUGUCCUAUUCUCACCCGAAGGGCAAUCGAGCAGAUGAUUCAAUCGAAUCAGAAAAAGCCUAUUCGUUUUGCUGUCCGCUCUCUCGGCUGGCUCGAGGUACCCGAGGAAGAGCUGACGCCGGAUAAAAGCUCUCGCGCGGUAAACACAAUUAUUCAGCAGUUGGGGGCCGCCGAACAGGCUUCCGGAGGGAUGAACGUGGUCUCGAAUACAAACCGUUCCCGCAACGACAGGUGGGGUGGAGGCAUAGACAUUUAUAUGGACAUCGAUGACGAGUGUCUUCGUCUAAUCGAUCCGAACAAGAUCAAAUCGAAAAUUGUUGAAAUUGACGAUCUCUGCACGGACGAUGAUGUCGUACUUGGGGGCCUAUCAAGCCUAGCCUUUAGCGGAGCGUCGGCGAUGUCCGAAGAAAUCGGUGACGAGGAUGAGUGUAUUUUACUUGAGCAGCCCAUUCACACGAUCCGCAUGUGGGGUGUAGGCAGAGACAAAGACAGUGAAAGGGAUUUCGCGUACGUGGCCCGAGAUCGUGUCAACAAAAAUGUGGUACUGUGCCACGUGUUCCGCUGUGAUAUGCCAGCAAGAAUAAUCGCCACUACAUUGCGAGACGCCUGCAAGCGCGCCAUGAUCGAGAGGGGGCUAGUAGUGAAACGUGACAAGUCAACGGCACUUCCAGAGGAACGUAAAAAUAAGCGCUUCUCAGAUCUGCUGCUCGGGGCAGACAGCUUUCCACAGCCAUCAGAAGAGAUCAACAAAACGCUAAAGGCGCUAUAUGUCGGAUCGAUUGAGGUGUCGAAACCAGAAGGAAUGGAUAUGCUGAUCUCCGCCAUAGAUCGGCUUGUAUCGGUCGUGCCACCUUACCGAUAUCGGCCAGUCAAAGUGACCGUGACAACAUCUGCUGUCACCGUACGGCCGCAGGACAACGAGCGAGAAGUCGUGUUUGACGCCCGAGUUCGCUUUAUUGAGUACAUCGGAAUGGGCAGACAGGAGGAAAUGUGCAGUCUCGUUGUUGACCCAAAUCCAGGCAGCACUACGCGCCGCUUUGUGGCCCACGUGUUCCAUUGCGAACCGACGGCAGCGGCGCUAACGAAAGCGCUCGAGGCGGCCUACAAACUUCGCUAUCAGAAAUGCCUGGAUGCCCAUUCGCGACCACAGCAACCGCUUACUGAACAGCUUCCGUUUAAUCCGAAUCAUGGACGUGCACCCGUUGUUACUCGGUCGUCAUCGAUUUCACAAAUCGGCUGCACCCUCCGUAAUGUAUUUUCACAAACCCUAAGACUGGUUGGAUCACAAACGUCCAAUCAUAUUUAAGCGUUUGUGUCCCUUCUUUCCAUCACAACUACAGCCUAUAAUUACAACAACAAAUAACCAAUACUGAAUACGUAUUCCAUCCGCAGAUGGCCAACGUCAGAAGAAAUGGUGUUGACCAAAAAGCAAAUUUCCGGAUAACCACAUUGGCAUAAUAAUAUAAAAAAUAAGGAAAACCAAGUUGAUAAAAUUGGACAUUAUGGGUGACAAAGCCCAUCGGAUGCUCAUCGGUACUCCCAUCCCGGAUCUUUACUCUAAUGCCUAUUCAACCCCCGACGACAACAACAAUAACAACAGCUUUAACAAAAAAUAUCUCAUUUAAUAACAAAAAAAAACUGCUCUUCCUUCCCUGCAGUAGACGAAAUAACCUCAGCGGAAGACGUCACCAACUUUUAACCCAGCCAAUUCCAACUACCAUCAACUUGAGAAAAACAGGCGGAAAAAUCUACCAAGCGAUAGAACGAACGUUCUUUCAUCCUGACACGAUGUUAUCAUACACUAACAGUAGUAUGACGUCGGCGACACCAUGCAUCUACACAGACCUACAACAAUGAGGACAAAUAGGAUGUACAAUCUCUUAUGCAAGAGAAGAGUAUUCUAAAGGCUCCCUCUGGAUCUGGGCAUUUGCGGGUAGCGUGUCGCAUAAAUGAAGCUUGGAUUUCGGUACUUGACUGCGCACAACGAGAAUUCGACAAGAGUGCCGAUAGAUACAUAUUACGUAAAUAGAUAUAUAUCUCAGGCUGGUUCAUUGACCUGGUUGACUAGGUGUUCACAUUGGUGAAUUGAACACUCCGACUUCGGAUGGCGACGACGAUAUGAAUCAUAUAAAUAUGUCAUCAUAUAGACGAGCAAACAGCGGUUUAUUACUAUAAGGCUUAUGCAGGCGCAACUUUGGUAGUUGCCCUUCUAUGGUUUUCACAUUUAGGCCUCACAUAUAGGUGGGUCUUUUUUUUAGGUGGUUUUCUUUUAGUUCCCCGUUGACAUGAAUGAUAUAUAUACGUGCAUAGGGCUGCAUGAUAAACCGUAUAUGUAAUUGAAAGCGAAUAUACUUUGAUUGUCUUCGAUCUACCUUCCUAACUACUUGUUUCUCAGUUAUAUCCACCGAUCCUAUGUGCCGUCCCUAGACAAACGUGGGAAUUUUUUAGGAAGUGAUUGACCUGGACCCAUACCAAGAGUGGAGGUGAGCCCGUACAAUACAGCAAAAAAAAGGUGAAAGUCCUCAAAUAGACCUUAAGAUCACCUAUCAAUCAGGACGAUUUGGCAAGAUGAACAUAACGUUAACAAGACGGACCGAAUUUAAUGAUGAAACACGCAUUCACAACUUAACGGAAACGACGUCAAAGCAGAUAAAAACAGGUUAACUGCACGGGGGCAAAAAUGAAAUAAUCUGUCUUAACGAAACGAACACAAAACGAAAACAAGAGGACAAAUUAACAUAAAAAUAGUGUCAGAAAACUGAUGUUAUUGAUCAAGCGUUUUGGUUGUGAUCAGACGACAGCAUGUCACGGGCGAUAACAGGUGUUAUCAUCAUCUGAACUUUUCAACUGUUUAUUAAACACUUAUUGUUAUUAUGUUUAUUAAAAAACACACACAUGGUUUAUUAAUAUAUAAUAUUACUUCUUUUCCAAUCAUAUAUUACGUUUGAUGGUGAGCAUUUGUUCACACCAUAGAAAAGUUGGUAACGGUUAAAGUUCUGUGAAGUUUCCUUGGGCGGCACUUGCGUCUCGCGGAGCCAUGGACAAUUUUCGUAAUGAAGAAAGAAGAAGAGAUUAUCGUUUUUUAUCCAAGAGAUUAUCGUUAUCACAUUUUAGUAGUAGCAGUAGUCACAUACAUAGUGACUGAUUGAUAUUAUAAUCAACCAUUCUAGUGAUGACACUAAUCGUAGGAGAGUGAUUAUGGAAGGAUGCGAUAUUUUAAAUAAGCCGUACUUUAUUGGCACCUAACAAUAGUAUCGCUAUUUAUGUUAUUAAUUAAUGGGCGGAAAGGCUUCAAGAAGUCAUAAGAGAUCCCUCGAAGAAUGAGUUAAUUACUCGUUGAGGCCCGUUAUAUUUCGUUAGAUUUAAGCUUACCUAAUUUGAUUUAACCCAUCCCAUCUAGAAGGAGAUAGAAUGCGAGAGCGAUUUAGUGCAGGCACCUGAAUCAGUCGGUCGAGUUUUAUAAGCCCGGCUUUUAAAAAAGUAUCGGUGGAAACAGACUGAAUUAAAUUUAUCAUGAAACAAUAACAUUAAUAUAUUAAUAACUGAAAGAAUAACGUCACAAGAAGCCAAAGAUGACUCGAUGAAACAGUUAGAGCUAGUCUACGUCUACGAUACGAAAGAUCCGGAAUAUAUUAUUCAGAUAAUUACAAUUAUUAUUAUUAUGAUUACGGAGAAAAAUCAAAUGGGGGCGAUACACACAUGCGCUAAACAAUUCUAGCCAAGAUGUGCCGAUCGUGUAUGUUAAAAUCAAGUAAAAAAUAAGGAAAUACAAGUAAUUAGUAGCGUAGCAUAUAA